GGCUCGCACUGUCAUGGCGGCUCUGUGUGUAGAAGGGGACAUGUGAUGGUUGCAGCGAUCUGUGCAUUAUGAAGCUGUUGGCUCUUGUAAAGAGGGGGUCUCUGUUCAGGGGGCCGCGUGUCGGUGCCGUGCUUUGCAGGAGCUGCUCAGAAGGCAUCCCGCAGACAGAUAACACAAAACGGCGUCAGAAUGGAAAGCAGCCUCCAGACGCCCAGCCCACCGCUUUGCCAGGUUUCAUCAACGAACGCCUGCGAUACUUUGAGAAGCUGCAGAUUCUUCAUGACGAGAGACUGUCUCAGAGGGUGCUGAAGGAGAGCUGCCCCAUUAACAUCUCCUUGCCCGACGGCAGGGAACUUCAAGGGGCAUCGUGGAAAACCACACCUUAUGACGUGGCCUCGCAGCUUUGGCCAGACAUGGCACACAACGCAGUAGCAGCCAGAGUGAACGGAGCUGUGCAUGACCUGACUCGACCUCUAGAAGAAGACUCGCUGGUUGAAUUCCUGACGUUUGACUCCAGUGAUGGGCAGUCUGUAUUCUGGCACUCCUCAGCUCACGUGUUGGGAGCGGCUCUGGAGCAGUUCUAUGGGGGUCUCUUAUGCCAUGGUCCUAGCACUGAAGAUGGAUUUUUCUAUGAUAUCCACCUACCGACCAGUACUGUGCUGGGCAGUGACCUUCCUGCUCUGGAAAACAUCUGCAAAGGUAUCAUGAAACAGAAACUUCCAUUCCAAAGAAUCGAGGUGACACGGGAUGACCUUCUGGAGCUCUUCAAGUACAACAAAUUUAAAACACGGAUCAUCGAGGAGAAGGUGAAAGCAUCUACGACCGUUUACAGGUGUGGCACAUUAGUAGACCUUUGCCAGGGGCCACAUGUGAGGCACACGGGCCAAGUCAAAGCAAUGGCACUUCUUAAGAACUCUUCUGCCUUUUGGAGAGGAGAUCCCACGCAGGAAACUUUGCAGAGAGUAUAUGGAAUUUCUUUCCCAGAUACGAAACGGUUGAAAGAAUGGGAACGAGCCCAGGAGGAGGCGAAGAACCGGGACCACCGGAAAAUCGGGAAGGACCAGAAUUUAUUCUUCUUCCAUGAUCUCAGUCCCGGAAGCUGUUUUUUUCUGCCCAGAGGAGCUCAUAUUUACAACGUCUUAAUAGAUUUCAUAAAGGGCGAAUACAGGAAGCGAGGGUUCACUGAAGUGAUCACCCCGAACAUGUACAACAACAAGCUGUGGGAGAUAUCUGGCCACUGGGAGCACUAUGCCAAGAACAUGUUCUCCUUCACCGUGGAAGAAGACACCUUUUCUCUGAAGCCAAUGAACUGUCCCGGUCACUGUCUGAUGUACGAUCACAGACCACGGUCAUGGAGGGAGCUUCCUCUGAGGCUGGCAGACUUUGGGGUGCUGCACAGGAACGAGCUAUCCGGAGCCUUGUCGGGACUAACCCGGGUCCGACGCUUCCAGCAAGACGAUGCCCAUAUAUUUUGCUCAAUGGAUCAGCUUGAAAGUGAAAUCAGCGGCUGCCUGGACUUUGUCCGCGCCGUGUACUCCGUGUUUGGAUUUACAUUCAAGUUCUACCUCUCUACGCGGCCAGAGCAGUUUAUGGGAGAGCUGGAAGUCUGGGAGGAAGCUGAAGCAGAACUUAAGAAAAGUCUUGAUGAGUUUGGCCUCCCAUGGGAGCUGAACCCAGGAGAUGGAGCUUUUUAUGGUCCAAAGAUUGACAUCCAGAUACAGGACGCCAUGGGUCGUUAUCACCAAUGUGCCACAAUCCAGCUGGACUUCCAGCUGCCAAUUCGCUUCGACCUCAGCUACGCGGGGAAGCUGGAAGGCAGCGUUGAGAGGCCGGUGAUGAUCCAUCGUGCUGUUUUGGGAUCAGUGGAGAGGAUGUUGGCUGUUCUGGUUGAAAACUACGCCGGGAAGUGGCCGUUUUGGCUCUCCCCGUUCCAGGUAAUGGUGAUACCUAUAGGACCUAGCGUUGAGAGUUAUGCCAACGAGGUACGACAGGCAAUUCAUGAAUGUGGUUUUAUGGCUGACGUGGACAUUGACCAAGGGACCACUUUGAACAAAAAGAUUCGCAAGGCCCAGCUGGCACAGUAUAACUUCAUUCUUGUGGCUGGGGAGAAAGAAAGGCAAAACAGUACAGUGAAUGUGCGGACAAGAGACAACAAGCAGCACGGAGAGCGCAACCUGGCGGAGCUAAUUGGGAGACUGGCAGAGCUUCGAGACUCGCGUGUCAGGAACGCUGAGGAGAUAUUCUGAAGCUCCAGAUUCCUGAGGGGA